UGUCAGACACAGGCAGUGAAGAAGCGUUGAGUGAAGCAAGGUUUCUUUGGCCUAAGACUUUCAGGGAACCCAGAAAGACACUCUGGAAACCGCUAUGGACAGCCUCCUGAUGAACCGGAAGAAGUUUCUCUACCACUUCAAAAAUGUCCGAUGGGCUAAGGGUCGGCAUGAGACCUACCUGUGCUAUGUGGUGAAGAGGAGGGAUAGUGCCACUUCCUUCUCGCUGGAUUUUGGUCACCUGCGCAACAAGUCGGGUUGCCACGUGGAAUUGCUCUUCCUCCGCUACAUUUCCGACUGGGACCUAGACCCUGGCCGCUGCUACCGAGUCACCUGGUUUACCUCCUGGAGCCCCUGCUAUGACUGUGCCCGACAUGUGGCCGACUUUCUGAGAGGGAACCCCAACCUCAGUCUGAGGAUCUUCACCGCGCGCCUCUACUUCUGCGAGGACCGCAAGGCUGAGCCUGAGGGGCUGCGACGGCUACACAGGGCUGGAGUCCAAAUUGCCAUCAUGACCUUCAAAGAUUAUUUUUACUGCUGGAAUACUUUUGUAGAAAAUCAUGAAAGAACUUUCAAGGCCUGGGAGGGACUGCAUGAAAAUUCCGUUCGUCUUUCCCGACAGCUUCGCCGCAUCCUUUUGCCCCUGUAUGAGGUCGAUGACUUACGAGAUGCAUUUCGUACUUUGGGACUUUGAUAGCAACCUCGAGCAAUGCCACCAACAAUGAAUUGUCUCUGCUGAAGAUAGUGGAUAAAAGAACAAUCAUUCAAGUCUUCUCUGUUUUUCUUC